AUGGCAUCGAAGCACCACCCGAACCUGGUGCGGCUGCUGGGGUACUGCGUGCACAUGGAUGCGCGGACAGAGGAGCAUGAGCAGAUCGUGGUGUAUGAGUUCAUGGAUGGCGGCGACCUGCUUCGCUAUCUGCAUGGUGACAAGGACUCGGGCGUGCCUCCGCUCACCCUGAAGCAGCGUCUGAGUGUGCUGGUGGGCAUGGCUCAAGGGCUGCAUUACCUGCACAGCUUUGGCAUCGUGCAUCGCGACAUCAAGCCUGCUAACAUCCUACUCGACUGCCACAUGACGGCCAAGAUUGCAGACUUUGGGAUCGCGCGCAUGGGGGACGAGAGCUCGACCGGCGACACGACUCGCAUCAUGGGCACCCCAGGCUACAUGGACCCCGCUUACUCCAAGUCCCGCAAGGCCACCGCCGCUGCUGACGUGUACAGCUACGGUGUGGUCAUGCUAGAGCUACUCACGGCACGGCGAGCACUGCAGAAGAUCGGGGACCAAAACGUGCACAUUCGACAAUGGCUAGUGCGCUUGUGUUACCUCCAUUUGCGCGCCAGCUGUCCCUUUCCUAGCAUGCUGUGCCCUCCCCCGCACAUUCCUUCCCCUCUGCCUCACACGCUCCCGCUGCUUCUUGUUUGGUUAACCUCCACCGGCCUUCAGGUCGAGCCGCUGGUGGCAUGUGGGGAUGCAGAGGGCUUCAGGGACCCGGCACUGGAUGCUCCCUCUGACGCGCUCCUUCAACUGGGGCAGCUGGCACUGCGCUGCACAACCAUGCCCACAUCCCAUCGGCCCCACAUGGACCAAGUUCCGUCCCCCAGGGGGGGAAGGGGACCGAGGGUCCCCGUGUGGCCUGAGAGCCGUCCCCCAGGGGGGGGAAGGGGACCGAGGGUCCCCGUGUGGCCUGAGAGCCGUCCCCCAGGGGGGGAAGGGGACCGAGGGUCCCCGUGUGGCCUGAGAGCCGUCCCCCAGGGGGGGAAGGGGACCGAGGGUCCCCGUGUGGCCUGA